AUGACUGGUGAGUACAAAAUUCAGUUGCCGUUAAAUGAUGAAGGCCAACCGAUUGGCGAUGACGGGGAAUUGUUCGUUCGAUGGUUGGGCUCGUUUUGCGAGAAUGGCCUAUUAUGCCCGCUUACGCCUGCUGGGUGGCCAAGUGUCCCUCAAAAGUUUAAAAAUGAUUGUUGGACGGAGAUUAAGCAACGGUAUAUAAUUGAUCCCACUAUUGUCAAACCACCCAAUCAAAUGGGAUGGGCAAUGAGUCAGCUAGGAGAACUAAGGAGGAAUCGCAGGACCAAGUUGAAGAAGGAUCACAAAAAACCUGGGCUGUCACGUGAACAAGUAUUGGCUAUUGAACCGCCUGGGGUUAUCCCAGCACAGUGGAAGGAGAUGGUUGAUUAUUGGUUCAAUGAAAAAACUGAGACAUUAAGUCUCAAAAACAAGGUGAGUCGAGACAAGCAAAAAGACAUAGCAAGAUGUGGGGCCAAAAGUUUUGCUCAAAUUUCUGCUGAAAUGGCGAAAGAUAAAGGGGCGACAGUCGAACGCGCGGAUGUAUUUCAAAAAGUAUACCGUACGAAAGAUGGGGUUGCUGUUAGUGACCGUGUGCAAGAUCAGAUGGACAUACGACUACACGGAGAGAUUGGUAAUAGAAUCCUUUGGUCGAAGGACGACGCAUAUGCUCGGGUGAUAGGUCUUGAUGAGCGCCUAGGUCGUGUACGUGGGGUAGGCUUUGGGAUCACCCCAUCAGGAAGAAGUGCCAGAAACGCAUCACAGUUUACCUCGACUACUACUCCAUUGUCAAGCAGAACUCACGAAAGGAUGUCAGACUUGGAGACGAGUCAUGAAGAGCUAAGGGAGGCACUAGCUAAAUCUAGGGAGGAACUAGCAAUUUGUAGGGGGGAAGUAGCUCAAUCCGAAGCGAGGCAUAGGGAGGAAAUGGCUGAAGCUGAGGCGAGGGCCCAAGCACGGAUGGCUGAAAUGAUGGCGUCGAUGAAAACCAUGUUUGCUUCACUUAGCCAGGGGAUACAUAAUUGGGGUCAUUCUCAGGAAUGGAAGUUGUUUAAUUCCCUUGUGAUGUUUAUGGAAUAUGUGAUUCUUGGGACGUAA